ACGGUAUCUGUAUACUCGGGGAACUCUAACUCGAGUUCAGAUCGAGAUAUCUUAGAUCUGUCGAUGCCGGACAAGAACUCUAUGACGGAAGUCUGCUACGUCUGCGGAGAUGAAUACAAACGAGGCACACUAUGUAAUCUUAACACCAAGGAACCUAAGGAUAAAAUGAACAAACAGCCGUACUUCCCCAUCUUCGGGGAGCAGCACCCGCGGCCGCCGCGCUCGCGGCCCAAGGACGCGCAGGGCACGGUGCGCGCCUGCGCCGCCUGCCACCACCACCUGCUGCAGCAGUGGAACACCUACCAGACACGGGGCGUGUCCGCGCACGAGCGGGUGUACACGCUGCGCACGCGGCCGCCGUCGCUGCUGCCGCCGUCGCCGCUCAGCCUGGCGUCCUCGGGCGACAAGUCGCUGGCGGCGGCGGCGCGCUCGCCCUCGCUGGAGCGCCCCCCCAGCCAGGCCACCGCCAGCUUCGUGUGCUACGUGUGCGGCGUGCCCGCGCCCUCCAGCCAGCUGCGCCUCGUCUACUGCUGCCCCAACCCCGAGCGCGAGCCCUACUACCCCUUCAUUACUGGCCUCAAGCCGCACUCUGAUGCCAGCCCUAUCAGUCCACAAGGCAUGGUUCAGAUAUGCGCGUCCUGCUACAAGAGCAUCCCGCUCAAGUACCCGGCGUACGGAGAAAACGGCGAGCCCAACGCCGCGCACAAUAACUCGCAUGCUAAUAAUAUUAGGUUUAAGCCAUACGAUAUGAAGAGUUCGAGUCAGUCGAAGCGGCCGUCCAACGCGCUGUCGAGCAGUCCCCACUCACAGAUAGUGUCCGGAGAGAACGGCAUGGGACUGUACAGGUGUUACGUAUGCGCGGGUCUAUUCCCGCAGCAGUCUAUGGAGUGGCUGUCGACGACUGCGGAGUACAUGAACUCGCACGCGAUGCACUUCCCCUGCCUGGUGUCUGCGGGGGCGGGGGGCGGCGCGCGGGGCGGCCGCGUGCUGGCUUGCUCCCGCUGCGUGAGGCAUCUCGCAAGACAGUGGGAGCUGAUGGACGCGGAGAGAGUGCCACUGGAACAUAGAAGAUAUAAUAUCCCGUCGCCGCUGCCGUCGAACUCGUCGCUGAACGGCGAGCGAGUGAUCCCCACCCCGCCCUCCACCACCUCUGACAGGACCGUGGCUAGUAAUAGUGUUUGUACGUCGAUAUACUGCUUCCUGUGCGGGCUGCACUCGGACUUCACGCUGGCGCGCAUCCUGUACGGGCAGCCGCAAGGCAACGCGCCGUACUUCCCCUGUCUACUCACGCACCAGGAAUUUCCAUUUUUAGUUCAAAGGCGGACGGAGAAUUCAUUAUUAUUAGAAAAUGGCGACUACGCAGUAGUCUGCUUAGACUGUUAUGAAAGUUUAAGGACGCAAGCGCAGGACUACGAGCGGCGCGGCGUGCCAGUGGAGAAGCGCGAGUACAACUGGCUCCAGCAGCCGCCGCCGCCCGAGGACAGCGCUGACGUCACCAUCGCCAGGCUUCCCUCCGGCGACAGAUCCGACAAGCUGAUCCCGCAGUCGCUGGUGGUGUCGCGGAGCGCGGCCAAGCGCAACAGCCCCAAGCACUGCGCCGCGCCGCCCGACCGCCGCGCGCACAAGCCGGACAAGGAGCAAGGUGUUAGCGCGAACAAGAUCGCCAAGCGAACGGAGCUCGCGCCGAACAAGGGGGGCCCGUUCGCGGCGGCGCUUCGCACGCUAGCUAAGAACGCGGGCCCCGACACUAAGGACGGUGAGUAGACCGCUGAUCACCCCUCCAACCUCACCACUUGGCAGAGUUACAGUGAACUUGUAAUAACUUGAAUAUGCUCAGAAAUACUUAACAUUGAAUAUCUAUUUACUUAAGCAGUUGAACAUUUUAUAUUAUGUUUUGUAUACUCUAACGUAACAUGUUUUAUUUUAAAUUAUAUGCCAUUAUAACUUUACUAGCUUUCGCCUGCGAUUUUAUCUGUGCGUAAUUAAAAAUAACUUAGUCAAUAGACGAUGUGUUCUUGCAGUGUCUUAUCUGUGACAAAUAUCAUCGAGUCCGGUUUAGCCGUUUUAGAGAUAUGUAGUAACAAACAUCCAUACAUCUAAACUUUCCCAUUUGUAUUAGUAAGAUUCAUC